UGCAGCUCCAGCGCGCUUCUCCUCGUGUCUCCCCGAUUUCGGGGGGGGUUUGCCUGUCCCGGCCACCCCACAACAUGCCUGAGCACACUGCUGCCUCAAGGCUCCGGCUCUCCGGGCUGUGCUUCCUCCUUCAAAUCCUCACCAUCAUCCUUUUUGCUGUCUUUGUCCGGUACAGCCCAGAGAGCAGCCCCGGCCUCUGCUCCCAGCAGCUGAACUGCAGCUGGAGAAACCAGGACUCGGGUUUUCAGCACCCCCGUUUCCGGGAUGUCCACCUCCAAGCUCUCCUUGGCUUCGGGCUCCUCAUGGCCUUCCUCGGCCGCUAUGGGCCGGGCAGCGUGGCCAUCAGCAUCCUCAUCGUGGCCUUCGCCAUCCAGUGGGCCGUACUGAUCCAGGGGUUUUUAUACUUCUUCCUGAAUGGCAAAAUCUACGUGGGAGCUCAGAGCAUGGUCAGUGCCGACUUCUGCACCGCAGCCGUUCUGGUCUCCUCCGGGGCUCUUCUGGGCAGGGUAAACCCUGUCCAGAUGCUGCUGCUGACCCUGCUGGGAGUCACCCUCUUCACUCUCAACGAAUACAUCCUGCUCAGUCUCAUGGGGGUAAGCGACAGCGGGGGUUCCUUGACCGUCCACACCUUCGGUGCUUAUUUCGGCUUGUUGGUUUCACGGAUCUUGCACCAGCCCCACAGGGACAAGAGGAAAGAGCAGCAGGACGCGGGGCACCAGCCAGAUGUCUUUGCUGUGGUCGGAACCAUCUACCUGUGGAUCUUCUGGCCCAGCUUCACCUCAGCCACCACAGCCCGUGACAACACGGAGCCCUGGGCACUGCUCAACGCGUACUUCUCGCUGGCGGCGAGCACCCUGGCCACCUUUGUCCUCUCGCCUGUCCUCUACGAGGAGAGCACCCUGCGGAUGGUUCAGAUCCAGGAUGCCACCUUGGCCAGCGUGGCCAUGAUGGGUAUGGCUGGGGAGAUGCUCGUCACCCCCUUCGGGGCCCUCAGCGCAGGGUUUCUGGCCGGCCUGAUCCCCCCACUCGGCUUCAGAUUCCUCACGCCCGUCCUGCGCUCCAGGCUGAAAACCCAGGACACGUGUGGGGUUCACAACAUCCACGGGCUGCCGGGGAUCCUGGGCGCCUUGCUGGGGACGCUGCUGGCGGCACUGGCCACUGCAGAUGCUUAUGGUGGCAGACUGGAGCUCGUGUUCCCGCUGGUGGCCCAGGGCAGCCGGACAGCCAGCGACCAGGCGCUCUGCCAGCUCUGCGCCCUGCCCGUCACCCUGCUGCUCGCCGCGCUCGGGGGCAGCCUCACGGGAGCCGUCCUGCAAAUGAAGGGGCUGAGGUCUCCCCCGGACACGCGGUACCUGGAAAACACGGUCCUCUGGGAGGUAAAGCGAGGGGGGGUUGCUGGUAAAAAAGGGGUUUACGGGGCUCAGGCAGCUGCAGGGUUUGGAUGCUCCUUCCCUGGCUGCCUGUGCCCUGCCUCCUCUAGCAGCAGCGUUUGGGGUGGGACACGGCUUAAUUAAAGCCCCCCAGGUCCUCCCCCAUCCAGUCCUGAUUUGCCCCGAGCAGGGCCCAUUUCUGCCCCUCUCCGUGUCUCUGUGUCUUCCUCCGCAGGUGGCUGAGGAAGGAUGCGACCCUGGGGCGAGCAGAAAGGAGCUGGGCACCAGCACCUUGGUGUAAUGACCCCGACCCCUCGGUGAGGUCCUGCACCACCGGGCUGGACCCUCUGCCGGCAUUGCCAGGGCUGGCCAGCUUCUGGCAGCCUGAAUUUCCCAGCAGCCUGCUCUGGAGACAGCCAGCCUGGUCCCCAUGUGGGGCCCAGCUCCUGGUCCCAAAGGUUUUGGGAGCAGCCGGGUGCCCACGGGCCUUUGCAGGGGGAAGAGGUGCUGCAGUGAUACGGGUGCUUGCAGUGGGAGCGACCCGCCUUGCUCCAGGGACGCCUCAGGGUGUCCAGACUUGGCUCAGUCUCUGCUCCGUGCCUCAGUUUCCCCAUCCAUUGCUCUCCAAAGAGAGGAAGGCAAUGAGGAGGCUGUGUUGGGGAAGGGGUGUACCAGGCUCCACAGAGAGCAGCAAAGACUUGCUACGGACACUUUUGCACACAGCAAUUAAAACAUAUAGAUCUUUUGUAGCUUUAGGAUUUGCCAGUGAAUUCACACAGCAUCUGCCUGGCUUUGCUGGCUGAGUUUCCUUCAGGUUUCCUUCAGGGGAGGAAAGCAAAGCCCCCGGGACCCCCCUUCACCCUAAAGACGGAUGCUGUGGGUUUCACCGUUGUUCCAUCCCCGCCAUCGUCCCCCCGCCGAGGGGGGUACCCUCCUGGAGCCGUGGCCACCAGAGGGUGCGACAGCCCUGAGCAACCAGCACCCAGGGGCAAGAGCAGGGUGACACCGGGGUCCCCAGCACAGGGGUGACCCCUGCCUUCCCCUUACCACCCACCGCCUUGCACUGGGGACUUGGCCAGGCCAAGAAAAAGCCCCCCUCCUCAAAGCAGGAGAGUCCCCCGCAGCACUCAGCCCUGUUGGGAGAGGGAUGUUCCCCUGGCUGUUGCAGUCCCCAGGUCCCCCUGCUCUCCAGGACCCCCAGCAGCACCCAGCACCCCGGCUCCACAUGCCCCCCACCCCGAGAGGCUCUCACCCUGCCUGCCUGUCCUAGGUGUGGGCAGCAGCCCCCAAACCUCCUGCCCAGGAGCUGGUUCGAGCACCCUGGGACCGUGGCAGCUCGAGCGAAGCCAAGGCGGGUCCUGCAGCACCUGGAGCAAGGGUGCAGCCCCAAAGGGCUGCCGGAGGGGCGACGGUGGCUGUGCUGGGGGUCCCCAGUGGGAGGAGGCCUGGGGGGGACCCACCUCUCGGGAGCCCAGGGGCGGCUGCCAGACGCUUUCACACCUCCGGCGCCAGACUCCGGCGCUCGCCAUGUGGGGUUCCCGCAGGCACAGGGGUCCCCAGCUGCCAGCACCAUCCCCUGGGGAGGGGGCCACAUCCCCAUCCUUCGCAGAGGGGUCAGGGGGCCCAGGGCCAGCGCAGUGAGGUUUGGGGUGAGCGAUUCGCUACCCAACCAAAGUAGCCGCAUUCAGGACCAUCUUGUUUUAAUAUGUGUCGCCGUUGAAACACAAAGGUUUUUUAAAAUGAUUGCAUCAAAGAGGCAAAAAGUGAAUAAAAGUCAUUUGGUUGCAGGCUGCCCAUAAAACAUCACUUUUAAACAGGGCUUUUUAUCCUUUCUAAAAGGAAUUAAAUCAAAUGAGAGAAAACCUGGAGUGUGAAGCAUUGCUCUGCAGCAGAAAUUCAA